AUGAAGGUCUCUGCUUGCCUCACUACCCUCUUUGCCGCCAUGGCCGCGGCCAGUCCGGUUAUUCAAGCACGGGGAGGUCUUGAUACGAGUGAUCAAUCACCGCUUAUGAAGCUUAAGAUGCGACUUUUCACUUGUUUCACUUCGAGCCCCGUAUAUGACAAAAUUGCCGAUUUCGACCCAUUUCUGGAAGUUUCCAAGGUCAAAACUGAAGAGGCAGCGAAGAAAGCCGUGGACGAUUGUGAGGAUACGCUCCCGGUGCUGACGCCGAAGCACAAGAGCAAUCACCUGCCUACCGACGGCCAGCGAGGGAGAUAG